CUCCGGCACGAGCCGCGUAUUGUCGCUGUUCUCUUCACGCGACUCCAGCGGUGCAUCUUCAGCAGCAGCAGUUCACCUGUGUUUGUGUGUGUGUGUGUGUGUGUGUGUGCGUGCGCGCGCGUGCGUGCGUGCGUGUUUGUGUUUGUGUGUAUAUAUGCGUGUGCACGCGUGUGUCGCUCAGUGCACGGACCCAAAACUGGACACACGUUUGAAGGAGAUCCUGCCCUCAUAUGCAGAGGCAGAGAUAAACCAAUGACGAGGCUGCUGCAUCACAACAAAAGCUGUCCACUCUGUGACUAAUCCGUUGUGCUGAAGUAUCUUCUGUUAUCAUGGCUAAGAGUUCAGAGGUCAAAGUGGCUGUUUUUGGAAGAGCCGGAGUAGGGAAAUCAGCGUUGGUGGUGAGGCUCCUGACCAACCGCUUCAUCUGGGAGUAUGACCCCACGCUAGAGUCUACAUACAGACAUCAAGCUAAUAUUGAUGAUGAGAUGGUCAGCAUGGAGAUUCUGGACACAGCUGGACAGGAAGACUUGCUGCAGAAGGAGGGUCACAUGCGUUGGGGUGAUGGAUUUGUGCUGGUGUAUGACAUCACAGAUCGCAGCAGUUUUGAGGAUGUGGGUCCGCUGCGCAGCCUGCUCGAGGAGGUGCGGAAGCCACGGCACGUGCCACUUGUGCUAGUGGGCAACAAGGCCGACCUGGAGCAUGCGCGUCAAGUGGCCACAGAGGAGGGCGAACGACUGGCCGCCGACAUGGCGUGCGCUUUCUACGAGUGCUCGGCGUGUGCAGGCACAGCAGGUACCGCAGGCACCGUGGCUGAGGCCUUCCAUGAGCUGUGCCGGGAGGUGCGCCGUCGCCGCGCCGUCCAGGGCAAAAGCAGGCGCCGUAGCUCCACCACUCAUGUCAAGCAGGCCAUCAACAAGAUGCUCACCAAGAUCAGCAGCUAGGGAGAGACGAUGAGAGGAGGACAGAGCGGCUAAAGGAAAUGAAAGAAGGGGGAGGAAAUAAAUCACAAGCGCCUAGAGAGCUGGACAACGGGAGGCAGAUGUGUUUGAUUGGCCAUGCCAAGAAUCAAAAGCAUUUUCACAGAAAAAUGAAAGCUUUGCUGUUCUGGAUGGAUAAAAGAAUUUAUUAUUCAGAUCCAAUCCCAUUUUAUUAACAUCCCAUCGAUGUACAUGAAUACACAGGUAUGAAAUAUUAUGCCCCCAGAACCAUGGUGCGUCAGACUAAAAGAUACAGGACUAUGUAAAGUGUAAACAAUAUAAUCAGAUGAGUGAACAGUGUAGAAUGACAGAGUAGAAUGACAAUUUCAACACAUAGCAGCAUCAAGAGUAAUCGAGUGUGCUGUCUGUACACAAUACUCUAUCGUCAAGUGACGCACAGAGAUUUUCUAUAGUGUCCUGUGCCGUAGCUUGUAUUGUACAAGAAGGUUUUUUUUUUUUUUUUUUUUACUCUCCAAGGCCUUCCCGUGUAUAUUUUUUCUCCGAGCUGUAACGAUUCAGAGAAACGUCACCGGUUAUCAGACUGACAGAUUGCACAACAACUGACAGAUUGCAUUCGCUGUUCGACGCAUGUUGACCCUUUCGAGGCAGUUAUCAAAUAAAUCAUCGUCCACCCUCAUAGUAAAGUCGAAUGUGACAUUUUUGGAAUCAUAAAUAUUCCCCAGUGCUCCUCUCCAAACAUCUUGGAACAUGUUUAUUCUGAAGAUUGUAUCUAAAACGUGGGCAGUUUUUCUCCGGAAUGGAGCGAAGCCGUAAAGAUGGCCCUUGAAGCAGCCCGUGUUUUUUUUUUAAGAGCCUUUCUGUUCUUAUCACGUUCAUGUUACAACCCACAUGGACUUGUUCCUCCGCUGCUUCUCUUUCCUCUAUCUCUGUCCUUGUUCAUUCUUAAGGGAGACAUUGAAAGAAUACAUUUCAUUCUGUAUAAUGUACAGUAUAUGACUGCCUUAAUAUCUCAAAUGUAUCAUCAGAUAAUGUGUACAGUGUAUCUCACAAUUAACAGCUGAAGUAGCCAUGGUAACAUGCUAGCAUGUUUCAGGCCGGGUUUUUGUAAUUAAAACGGUCACAUGUUGUAAUAUAACGAGCACCGUGACCACACUACUCGCUACUCUUGAUGUGCACUAAAUAAAGAUGACGGAUAAAGAUAUAUAAAUGUCACAGAAAAAAAGAAACAUGUGGGUC